UCCGAGCCCAGCAGCGACUCACCUUCUCCUCAGACUCCGAAGAUGGAGGUCGUGAUGCCCCGAACCCUCCUCCUGCUGCUGUGGGGGGCGCUGGCCGUGACCGAGACCUGGGCGGGCUCCCACUCCAUGAGGUAUUUCUACACCGCGGUGUCCCGGCCCGGCCGCGGGGAGCCCCGCUUCAUCGCCGUCGGCUACGUGGACGACACGCAGUUCGUGCGGUUCGACAGCGACUCUGCCAGUCAGAGGUACGAGCCGCGGGCGCCGUGGGUGGAGCAGGAGGGGCCGGAGUAUUGGGACCGGAACACGCGGAUCUGCAAGGACACCGCACAGACUUACCGAGUGAACCUGAACACCCUGCGGGGCUACUACAACCAGAGCGAGGCCGGGUCUCACACCUUCCAGAGCAUGUACGGCUGUGACGUGGGGCCCGACGGGCGCCUCCUCCGCGGGUACAGUCAGGACGCCUACGACGGCGCGGAUUACAUCGCCCUGAACGAGGACCUGCGCUCCUGGACCGCGGCGGACAUGGCGGCGGAGAUCACCCGGCGCAAGUGGGAGGCGGCCGGUGUGGCAGAGCAUGAGAGGAACUACCUGGAGGGCACGUGCGUGGAGUGGCUCCGCAGGUACCUGGAGAACGGGAAGGAGACGCUGCUGCGCGCAGAACCCCCCAACAUACACAUAACCCGCCACCCCAUCUCCGAACAUGAUGUCACCCUGAGGUGUUGGGCCCUGGACUUCUACCCUGAGGAGAUCACCCUGACCUGGCAUCGAGAUGGAGAGGACCUGACCCAGGACACAGAGCUUGUGGAGACCAGGCCUGCAGGAGAUGGAACCUUCCAGAAGUGGGCGGCUGUGAUGGUGCCUUCUGGAGAGGAGCAGAGAUACACAUGCCAUGUGCAGCAUGAGGGGCUGCCGGAACCCAUCACUCGUAGAUUGGAGCCACCUUCUCCAACCAACCCCAUCAUGUGGAUCAUUGCUGUUCUGGGUCUCCUGGUGGUCAUUGCAGUGAUUGGAUUUAUGAUCUGGUGGAAGAAGCGCUCAGGAGAAAAAGGACCAGGCUACUCUCAUGCUGCACGUGAUGACAGUGCCCAGGGCUCUGAUGUGUCUCUCACGGCUGUUAAAGUGUGAGACCAGCUGCUUUGUGAGAACUAAGAGAUGGAAGGUUUCUUCAAACCCCCACUUGGUAACAUCAG